GGGGAGAGGAGGGGAGAGACCAAGGAAGAAAACACCAUCCAAGAGUAAGGAGGGGACAAGUGAGGCGAGAGCUUGUAACAGGGAGCACCUAACAAUCUGCCGGAGGAGCCCUAGGUUUCUCCAGCAUAUUCCAGAUCCAGAUCGCUCCAGAAUCCCAGCACCUCGCCUCUCCGGCUGUAACAGCGAGACGGGCGAGGUCCCGGACCCGGGGAAGGCAGGCGUGUCUGAACCGGAUUCGGGAGCAGCUUCCAGUCAUUGCGAGAGAGAAGCGAGGGAGUCAGUCACAGUCUGACAACCCUGUGAUAUACGACUGUGCGCCAGCAGGUCUCCAGGGGAUUUGCACAAUCGACAUCGACGCCCGUGCGGGUAAAAGUCCCGAAGGAAAUUCUGUCACUGAGGCUUGCGUGGAAUUUCCAGCGGCGCCCUACAUAUUGGGCCAUUCCUCCGCCCAGUCUCCCAGUUACACUCCCGACCACGGAAGUACCGAGGAGCGCUCCUUCCGCACACGUCGCUGACCCUCCCCUCCCCUCCUCCUGGGGCUCUCGCUUCUAAUUUCCAUGUAAGAACGAGCUCACUGGGAUAAGGCAAACCGAGCGACGGAUGACAAAGAUGAGGCCGUAGGGAGGCGAUAGUAGACGAGGAGAGGACCCGCCAGCCCAGCGGUCGGGAUGGACGGGGCGAAUUAUCCGUCUGUUCCGAGCCCCACCAAAGAAGUGGACAGCGGAUCAAGCGACCGACUAGAGGAAUGGUCCAUCGGACAAGGGACCCGAGGGUCGAAUUGUAUGCGGGGCAGGUGAUCCGUGGGCCAAGCGGUCGAAGUGGGCUCUGAGAACAACCGGUGUAAUAUUGAUCCUUAGGAGCUAAACGAUCCAACGGACAAGUGAUCCACUGAUGCCUGGGUGAAGCGAUCCACUGAUCCAAAUGGUCCACUAGGCGAGUGAUCUACUGGGUGAAUAAUACACGGCCAAUUGAUCCACUGGACAAGUGACCCAAGGACUAAAUGAUUUACUGGAUGUGACCCAUUGAUUGAACGAUCCCCUGGGCGAGUGAUCUGUGGGACAAUUGAUCCAAGCAACGCGUAAGGCAAAUGAUGCCCAGGCCAAGUGAUCCACUGCUCCGUAUGAUCCAGUGGGAAACUGAUCCAUUGGAUGAAUGAUCUCGUCGGUCAAAGGGUGCACUGGACUUCACCUCGUGGGCAAAUUAUUCCUGGGAUGUUUUCUAGCUCAUGUGACACCAUGGAGGAAUGAUCCAAGGACCAAGUGGUCCGUUGGACAAUUUGAGUAGGGGAAUAUUCCCAGAGCCAAGGACAUGAGCCUGCUUCCUCUGAAGCAUGGGGAUGAGCCCCACCUCUACAGUUCGGUGUGCGUGGAGAAGAUGGCCCCGUUCUCCAGCACCGUCGCAGAGGAGACAGACGGAGGUUACGUGACAAACACUGACUGGGACUACAACCGCAAGUACUACUGCGGCGCCUGUGGGCUUCUGAUGAGGGAUCCGGUUCAGACGGAGUGCGGGCACAGGUUUUGCGAGACCUGUCACAAGAAAGUAUUGAAAGAAUUGAUGAUGUGUCCGUCUUGCCUGAGGGAUAAAGAAAUAUAUGAGAGGGUUUCAGUGGCUACAUUUGAAAAAUGUUUUAAGGACAGGGCAAUUGCGAAAGAGAUCCUAAACCUGGAGGUCUCCUGUCUAAACCAGGGCUGCACGUGGACUGGUCCACUGAGGGAACGAGAGGCAGAGCACAAGAUGAAUUGCGAGCAGAAUCUCCGGAGGUGUCCCUUCAGUGUUGUUGGCUGUGAGGAGAUGAUCUCCAAUCACAAGAUCGAGGAACACAUUCAGACCUCCAUCCAACACCAUCUGAACUGUAUCCUCCGGAGCCUACAGCAAUUCAGGAAAGUGCCCUAUGAAUGUCCCAGCCUGGAGGGAAUAACUGGGAAUCGGAAAGAGAUGGACACAGAGCCCAACCAGUGGCUAAAGGAGAAGUCACAGGGUGAGAAUGCCCAGGAAGAGCUGAAAGUGAAACUGCAGACUUUCGAAAACAUUGUCACUGUGUUAAACCGUGAAGUGGGACAUACAAUAAGUACUGUGGUAGAGCAGGAGAAGUGGAUAAAGGAGCAAGACGCAGUGAUUGCACAGCUAAAGAGCAAGAUACGACAGAAUGAGAAAUCAAUUUGCCUCAAGGACGUGGUGAUAGCCGACCUUCAGUUUCGCCUUGAGGUCUUGGAGAACACCUCGUACGAUGGGACUUUUGUCUGGGGAAUCUCUGACCUCAGUCGGAAGAUGCAGGAUGCCAUCGAUGGGAGGACUCCCUCAAUCCUCUCCCCACCGUUCUUCACAUCUCACUGCGGCUACAAGUUAUGUCUGAGAAUGUACCUGAACGGUGAUGGAGUGGGAGCAAACACCCACCUCUCUCUUUUCCUGGUCAUAAUGAAGGGCAAAUAUGAUCCCAUUCUGGAGUGGCCAUUCAGCAAGAAGGUGACCUUUAAGCUCCUGGCGCAACAAGACAGGAACCACCAAGUGGUCUCGGCCUUCAAACCAGACAUCGGCUCUGCCUCCUUCCGGAGGCCCACCCACACCAUGAACGUUGCCAGCGGCUGCCCGCAGUUCCUGCCCCUCACCCACCUGCGCUCCAACUGGCGCGCCUACGUGGCGGACGACACCAUGUUUGUAAAAGCCAUCGUGGAGACUUAGAGGUCUGGUUUCCAUAGCAACCUAGGCAGGAAGACACCUGCUUCGGGACAUAGUGUGGGCCCCAAUGCAUCUGGGGUGGUGGUUGCCUGGGGAGAUGCAACGAUGAGCUCUCCUCGUCCUGGAACCAUCCUAGAACUCUGAACUGCACUUUCUUCACAUGUUUCAAGUUAUUUUUAUUGGGGUAAUGUUAGAAAUCUAUAUUUUUUUAACGUAAUGUAAAUGAUAUUAAUUAAUAUUUUUACAGCUGAUGCUUAGAUGAGGGAGAAGCCUCACGGAGCGUCAACAAUUGAAGGGCCUCAGCCUGUUUGGUACUUUCCAGCUGGAACAAGGAAAUAGACCAGUUGGAUCCUCAAGCCCUGCCUGCUGUUCAAUAUGGUCAUGGCUGAUUUGCCCCAGGCCUUCUCCUCUCCUGUGCCAGUUCCCCUGGCACUCAAACUGCCAAUCUUUCAGUUGCUUAUCUACCUCCUCUUGGAAUGCCUCCAAGUGAUGUGGGUGCAUAUUCAGCUCCUCGCUCAGUUUAGACCCCACAUUGGUUUGCAGAGGUGAGCACAGUGUUUCCCUCACUUGCAAUCCAGAGGCACGGGCCAAUGAUCUGAGGUGCUGUCUGUGUGUGGAGCUUGCAUGUGGCCGCCUACCGCUCUGGGACAGAGCAGAAUCUGGGAAUAAGGGGAAACUGGGUGGGAGAGAUCAGGGAUAGUCCACCCACCCCAUCAGCACAUCUCUCCUAUUUUCCUCACGUACGUGGCCCGAUGUUCCUCAAAAGCUUCCAUGUUAUUAGCCUCCACUGUCAGCAGUCCUGCGCUCCAUAUUCUCAUGAAGAAAGUCAAACUAGAGUAGGGAACAUAGCCCAGUGGUGCAGCAAGGAGAGCUGCUGCCUCACAGUGCCAGAGACACGGGUUCGAUCCCAACCUUGGGCACUUGUCUGUAUGGGGGAUUUGCACGUUCUCCCUGUGCCCUGGUGGGUUUUUUCCGGGGGCUCUGGUUCCCUCCCACAUCCCCAAAGACGUGCGGGUCGGUAGGUUAAUUGGCCGCUGUAAGUUGCCCCGAGUGUGUGGGUGAGUGGUAGAAUCUGGGAAGGGGGGGACGUUGAUGGGAAUGUGGGGAGAAUAAAAUGGAUUAGGGUAGGAUUCAUGUGAACAGGGAACUUGAUGGUCAGUGCGAACUCGGUGGGCUGUAGGGCCUGUUUCUGUGCUGACUGUUUAUACGGCUAAAUCUUCCUCCGUCCAGCAAAGGAAAUGGCGAACAGGAUGAGUUACCAAGGGCUGGACGAAAAGGGUCAGUUACCCUUUGGGUCGAGAAUGGUUAGCAAACGACUUGCAAUUAGAGGGAGAGACUUCGUAGUUUUGAUCUCUGAAGCAAGCACACGGAGGGUUGUCUGUUCAGGAGAACACAGAGGGCGUGGGAUAGUUUCACACCAUAAGCAGCACGCCUAAGACCCUGUCAUUUACUGAAUCGGUAACUCCCAGCCUGACUGAUGGGGGAAUUACCCAAUUACCUUCCUUGUGGCAUCACUUUAUACAGCUUUUGCUUUUCUAAUUUAAUGAAAUUAUGACGUUGGUUUGAUGUUAAGUUUUGGUAUUUACACAAUUCAAUAUUUACAUAAUUAAAACACUAAACUUGCUCUUUUUUUUUAAUCAUAAAUUGCUUUAUGGACAUCGACAGUAAAAUGAUGAUGGUCUGUGAACCUUGGGGCAAAGAAUACAAAAGCCAGGAAGUUAUGCUAAACAUAUAAAGCAUUAGUUCUGCUGCAGCCAGUGUUGUGUUCAGUUCUGGACAUUAGGAAAGCCAUGUGGGGCUUGGGAGGGAAUAGUCUGUUCUGGAGGGUAGUGUUUAUGAUCCUGGGGGCAGAAAUGAGGUUAUUAAGCUAAAAAGUCUGGUGGGGGGUGUGGAAGGAGAUUGAAUGGAGGUGUUUAAAGCCACAAAAGGAAGAGGAUAAAGUAAAUAAACAAAAGGUAUAGAUUUAAGGUUCAAAGAGCAGCGGUGACAGGAGGAGAAAUAUUUUAAACCAAUAGAUUUUUGGAUUGGAUAUAAGAUACAGAUCCAACAGUAGUCUUCAAAAUGGUACUGCAUAAAGACUUGAACGGUGCAGUAUUGCAGGGAAAGGCUGGAAGACCGAGGAAGUGACACUACCUUUGAAAGAUCCAGGGCUGCCUGCAUUGCCAGACUGUCCACCUCCUGUGUCGUAUCACUGUUCUUUUAAGGCUGUUAUCACUGAAAGUUCACGAGGUGGUCUGAUCCAAAUGAAUAAAUAUAUUGUUUGUAAUGAU